GAAGGAUAUUCCGUCCAGGCCGCGAGCAAGGGUUUGGUUACCUUCAACCGUCGAAGACCCGGUAGAGAUUAUGAAGCUCAUCCGGGUCUGCAAUCCAGAUAUCCCAACGCAGGAGUGGAGAUACGUCAAAACCAUUACCAACCAAAACAGCGCGGACGAAUCGAAAGAGCAGAAGCGCGCCACCAUGCAGGCUCUCCUGCUCCUCACGGAGAACUCAAUUGAACCGUUAGCGAAAUGCGACGGGCAACUGAGGUACGGUUUUGUAAAGGUGAAGCUCCACAUUUAUAAAACCGACACGGAUGCAAUUGAGUUCCUUGCCACAAAGGAAAGCGAAAAGCCCAUGAGGGAGCUGGAACCCAUGAGCGAAACCGAGCCAAUGAGCGAGGACGACCAGCCCACCGAAGAAGAAUACGCCUCUUCAGGCUCAGAAAUGGGCUUAGGGAGGUUGUACUUCGAACGGGAGGAUAAAUCUACACCACUGUAAAGAAGCCUGCCUUGCCCUCCUGGAUCGUCUGGCAGAAGAUCAGCCGGACGUAGUCCUCAUCC